UGCCAGCCUGGGGUGAGGGAGUUGUCAAGAAGAAGCCAAAUCAUGCUAACAUACAUGAGGCAGUGAAAGCCGGUGAUGUAGAACAACUUGCAUCAAUGGUGAAAAGUGGAGCCAGUAUUAAUGAGGUGGAUUUAGUACAUAAAUUUACACCUUUGCACUGGGCAGCACACUCUGGAAGCCUGGAGUGUCUUCACUGGCUGCUCUGGCAUGGAGCUGAUAUAACAGCUUUAGCUAUAAGAGACUGGACAGCAGCUCACCUCGCUGCUAUCAGAGGUCAUGAUGCUUGUAUGCAGGCUCUUGUAAUAAAUGGAUUAAACCUAACAGCUCAAGAUGACAGAGGAUGCACUCCAUCACACCUAGCUGCGGCCCAUGGACAGUCAUACACUUUACAAACCAUACUCCGGAGUGGAAUGGAUGCAAAUGUUUCAGAUAAGAAUGAGUGGAAGCCAGUCCAUUAUGCCGCUUUUCAUGGUCGCUUGGGUUGUUUGCAGCUUCUUGUUAGAUGGGGAGCUAGUAUAAAUGACGUGGAUAACAAUGGAAAUCUUCCAGCUCAUCUGGCAGCAAUGGAGGGCCACCUGCAUUGUUUUAAGUUCUUGGUUAGUAAAAUGACCAGUGUGUCUCACACUUUGAAAGCCAGGAAUGACCAUGGUGAGACCCCAAAGGAUUUGGCACAGAGGUUCUAUAAGGAUAAUAUCUUGCAGUACAUUGGCAGAGUGGAAGAGGAGAGAGAUCAUCCAGAAGAAGAGGAAAAUUUAGCAUUUCCAGCCCAUAUUGCUGCCUUCAAAGGGGACUUGGUGAUGCUUAGAAGAUUGGUGGAAAGUGGUAUCAUCAAUAUUAAUGAGCGGGAUGAUAAGGGAUCCACUCUCAUGCACAAAGCUGCUGGACAAGGGCAUAUAAACUGCUUGCAAUGGUUGAUUGAAAUGGGAGCUAAUUGCGACAUUACAAAUGACGCUGAAGAAACUCCAAAGGAUGUAGCCAAGAGAUUUGCUCAUCUGGCAGCUGUGGAGCUUUUGAGCCAGAUAACUGAAGGCGAUUCUGAUGAAGAAUUAGAUGACAGCGAUGUAAAGUUUUUCGACAGACAUGGCGUGGAAGGGAGCACAGAUGCCACAGAAGAUUUAAAACUGGAUGAAGCAAAAAAAAGAGAUGCACGCAUAAGAGCCUACCAAAAGAUUGAAGAAUUAAAGAAACUUCUAGAAAUUGCCUACAGCAACUACAAACAACUGGGGGGAAUAACUGUAGAGGAGAGGAAGAAGAAGAAAGAAGAAAGGGAGGCUGAAAAUUGCUGUCCUUGGUCAAUGAAAUCCCAGAGUCUAAAGGGUGUGUUCAGGAUGAUUCAGGAGCUGGAGUCCCAGUUGGAAUAUGAGCGAGUUCGUCGAGAGAAGCUGGAGCAUCAGCUGGAUGACUAUCGAGCAGAGACAAGCCACCUG